UCCGCGGCCCCAAGUACUUUUAUUAUAGUAAUAUAGUAUUAUCUACAGCUGUGGUAUUGACCGUUUUGUCGUGAUAACUCACAUAACGUCGCGAUGCUUAUUUCUGAGCGACUGCGUGUGUCGUGUAAAUGUCCUCAUGUAGUGUUAGGUACUUUUAAAGUUUCACUUUGUCAUGAUUACUCGUUCGCGUUGCCCGUCGUUGUGCGACGACGUAUUAUGGUCGACGGUUAGCGCGUCCGCCGCCGUUUGUACCGUCACGACCCGCGACAGUCGCCCUGCCGUUCAACUGUGCCAUUUCAGCAAUAUGCCAAUAUUUCACGUGCGCUGAAACGUUUCGUCACCGCCACCAGUGACACGGCGUAUGUUCAUUUGUUGCGUUGUGUAGUUGUGUUUAUUCUUCUUAUCAUUAUUUUCUAUUUCGUUAGUGCCUGGCAUGAACCGUUCACUGGGAGAAAUCUUAGACGGAACUAUUGGAACACCAGUUGAUUUAGUAGUAAAUUGUAUCAAAUUAUUUUUCAAUCCAGACUGGAAGUUGCAAAAAUACAGAGUACAUUUCAAUCCAAAUAUCCAGACAAAUAUUCAAAACGAAAUAUUAAUUAAACAUAAAUCCAUUUUAAGGGAAUUUGUUUUUUACGGAUAUCAUUUGUACACCCCUGUAAAAUAUGGACUAAAAAAAUUUAUCCUGUAUGAUUACGGUGGUCCUGAUGGUUCAUUAGUAAUGAUCACUAUAAAUCAUGUUGGUGAAAUUCAAGAAAGUGAUUUGAUAAGAGUACCAAUUUUAAAGAAAUUUUUACUUAAUUGUUUUUGUUAUUCAAAUUGUAUGAGGGUUGAAUCCAGAUACUAUAAUCCAGAAGCUACAGUAACUAAUACAAGACUUGGGAUAAAAUAUUUGCCUGGUUACGAAUUUGGAUUUAGCGAAGUUGAAGGUCAACUUCUAUUACGUAUUGGACUAAUAAAUAAGAUUGAGACUACAGAAACUGUUUUAGAUUUCUUACGUGUGAGUUGUGGAAAUAGCAGAAAUAGAGUCCCUAGUUUAAUAAACAAUUUUAAAGCUAGUAUUAUUGGUACUGUAAUUCUGACAUCACAUAAUAAUAAGCUGUACAAAAUCUGUGGUGUCAAUGAGAAUUUAAAUAUUUAUUCUACAUUCAUUACUGAAGAUGGAUCAAAGAUAUCAUACAUGGAUUAUUAUAAACAAAAAUGGAACAUAACUUUCAUAGAUGCCAAACAGCCAAUGUUGAAAACUACAAAACAUGAUGAAAAUGGUACACUAAAAACAGUAUACCUUGUUCCAGAAUUAUGUAUUAUAACUAAACUUACUGAGAUUAUAGGAAAUAAGACACUCGUUAAAGAAUUGAAUCAGUAUACAAAUUAUGGACCAAAUAAAACAAUGAUUAAGUAUAAACAAUUUUUUAGUAAAUUGCAUUCUAAAACAAAGUUCAUAGAUACAUUAAAAACGUGGAACUUACGUUUGGGUGAACACUUUAUAAAAACCUCUGGACGUGUACUCCCUUCUUUCUUUUUGAAAAGUUUUGCAGAAAUAUACCCUAUUGGACCUCUAGGAAAUUGGACUAGAGAAAUACAGUUCUUAGGAAUGAUAGUUAUUCCAAAAGUUGAAAGCUGGGUUAUUUUAACUCCCAGUAAAUAUUUUUUAAAAGUAAAAAAAUUUACUGGGACUCUAAGAUCAGUAGCGAAUUUGAUAGCAAUUCGCCUACCAAUACCAGAAAUAAUACAAAUGAAUGACGCAUGCCAAAGAACAUACAUGAAUCAUUUGGAUGACAUUAUAAAGAAUAAUGUACAUACACUUAUUUUAUGUGUUGUCAAGUCACUGCAUAGUAAUCUUAGCAAUAAAAUAAAUAGAAAGUUAUGUAUCGGAGCAGCAGUACCAUCACAAUUAAUAUCUUUGAAACAAGUUACAAUCAACGACAAUUCAAAGUGUUUCAAAACCGCUAUACGAAUAAAUUGUAAGCUAGGUGGAGUGCCCUGGUUGCUGCAUGUCCCUAAGCAGAACUUUAUGGCAGUUGGUUUGGAUAUCUACCAAGAUUUACAUGAUAAACGUAAAUAUUUUUGUGCAGUAAUGGCUUCAAUGGAUGAUUCUUAUACGAGAUAUUUCAGUUUUCUUGAAUCACUACGUAAAGAAUAUAUUUCAGAAUUUUUUGUAACAACUAUUGGUAAAGCUAUGCACAAGUUCAAAGACAAAAAUGGAAUAUUUCCUAAAGGGAUUUUUAUAUAUAGAGAUGGUUUAGAAUUUGAUACAAUAAUUAAUAUGAAUUCUAUUUGCGUUUCUGAGAUUAUAUUAUUGAUGAAACAACGUGAUGAGUUCUUUGGUGGAGCAGUAGAUUAUAUUAUUCCCUUUGUAUAUAUUACAAUACAAAAAAAUUAUAUAACUAAAUUAUUCUGUCAAUAUGGUCCUACAAAUUAUCGAAAUCCUCCAAUUGGGACAAUUGUUGAUACUAGCAUCACUGACGAGAUUAUGUACGACUUCCUCUUAAUUUCACAUAAAACGAAAUCUGGGAUAGUAAAACCAACAUAUUAUCGUAUAGUUUAUAAUUGUUUUCCAAAUAUAACAAUUGAUGAAAUACAUAUGUUUACAUUCAUGUUAACUCACAUGUACUUCAAUUGUUCUCAUACCAUACGAGUACCUGCUCCAUGUCGAAUGGCGUACAAGUUGGCAUAUUUUUGUGCAAAUACACUCAAGAGUACUCAAAACAUAUUGUUACAUGGAUUCCCAUUCUUUUUUUAAAUAGUUUUAUUUUUUGUUGUUACAUUUGUUAUUUUGCUUAUUAUUAUUUUUUUAAGUCAUUGUUUUAUUUAGUUUAAUGCUAUAUCUUUUAUAUAUAAUUCUCCUGUAUGUGUUUAUGUCACUGAUCUCCUCCUAAACGGUUGGACCGAUUUGAAUAAAAUUUUUUUUAUGCGUUUGGGUGACGUCCUGGAUGGUUUAGAUUCACAAAUCAGCCCAAUAAAAUUAAUUAUUAAUGUGCCUCUA